AAACGGAUGACUGAUAUCCAAACAAAUACACGUGGUCGUGUACUAAAAAUAGACAACUUCCGCCUAAACCAUUGCAUCAUGGGAAACAAGAACACUACGAUGGAACGAAAACAAGUCGCGGACGUGUGUCAGAUGCCGACGAUUUAAUGCAUUCUACAAGAUGGAUUUAGAUCAGGCGUCCUCCAUGGAGCACACUACAGUUACAUAUGAGCUGAAAGAUGUGAAUCUUCAUGAUCAAGAGACAGGAGGUGUUGGUAUGAAAGACUUUGAACUACUGAAAGUUCUAGGAACAGGAGCGUAUGGAAAAGUUUUCCUGGUGAGAAAAAUUGGCGGAGCUGAUGAUAAAAAGUUGUAUGCUAUGAAAGUUCUAAAGAAAGCUGCCAUUGUACAGAAAACUAAAACUACAGAACACACAAAGACAGAAAGACAAGUACUGGAGGUGAUUCGACAGUCGCCAUUCCUCGUUACCUUACACUAUGCCUUCCAGACCCAGGCAAAACUUCAUCUUAUUCUUGAUUAUGUCAAUGGGGGUGAGCUUUUCACCCACCUUAAUCAGCAUGACAAGUUCACUGAAAAACAAGUACGGAUCUACAUCGGAGAAAUUGUGCUGGCUCUGGAAACACUACACAGGCUCGGGAUCAUUUAUCGUGACAUUAAACUCGAGAAUCUCCUCCUUGACAACACUGGGCACAUCAUCCUCACAGAUUUCGGACUCAGCAAGGAAUUUCUCCCAACAGAGAAUCACCGAGCUUACUCCUUCUGUGGAACCAUAGAGUAUAUGGCCCCCGAGGUGGUGGAAGGGGGAGGCACAGGACAUAAUUAUGCUGUUGAUUGGUGGUCGCUGGGCGUGUUGACCUAUGAACUACUCACAGGAGCGUCACCUUUCACUGUGGAUGGAGAGAAAAAUACUCAGUCAGAGAUCUCCAGGAGGAUAUUGAAAGCCAACCCGCCAAUGCCAAGUGAAUUUUCCAAUGAAGUGCGUGACUUAAUUCAGAAACUGCUAACAAAGGACCCCAACAAGAGACUGGGGGCUGAUGGAACAGCCAAUAUUAAAACACAUCGCUUUUUUAAGGGUCUGAAUUGGGACAAACUAGCUCAGAAGGAAGUGUCUGCCCCGUUUGUACCCAAGAUCGACCAUGAGCUGGAUACUGGUAAUUUUGCUGAUGAGUUUAUCAGAAUGGAUGCCAUUGACUCUCCAGCUAUCAUACCAAUGGACUCUGAGAAAAUAUUCAAGGGUUACUCCUACAUAGCACCGUCCAUCAUAUUUAGUGAGAACAUGGUCAGUUCUGAACUGUUAAUGAGAUCUACAGAGAACCAGCCUGUAGACCAUAAAAUACAGCUGGCUCGACAUUUUAAGAAUUCUACCUUUUUUCAGCAUUAUGACAUAGACCUGAAGAAAAAGCCUCUAGGGGAUGGAAGUUUCUCUAUAUGCAGGGAGUGUUAUCACAAAAAACAUGGUACAAAGUAUGCAGUAAAAAUUGUGUCCAAAAGGGUUGACUGUUCGAGGGAGGUGCGACUCCUUAAACUCUGCCAGGGGCAUCCAAACAUUGUAGACUUUAUAGAGGUCUAUCAAGAUGAGUACCAUGCAUACAUAGUGCUAGAGUUAUUGAAAGGUGGAGAGUUACUCGAUAGAAUAAGGAAAAAGAAGAGUUUCACUGAACCAGAGGCAAGCGAGAUCAUGUGGAAGCUUGUACAGGCUGUGGAUUUCAUGCACUCUAAAGGUGUAGUUCAUCGUGACCUGAAACCAGAGAACCUGCUAUUCCAGGAUUCAUCUGAAACUGCUAACAUAAAAAUUGUUGACUUUGGUUUUGCUCGACAAAAACCAGAAAAACAAAUGUUGCAGACACCGUGUUUCUCACUACCAUAUGCAGCACCUGAAGUGUUGCCCGGUAAAAUGCUACCUCGCGAUGGCUACGAUGAGUCAUGUGACCUGUGGAGUCUUGGUGUUAUACUGUACACUAUGCUAUCUGGGAAGGUUCCAUUCCAAACCAGAGGUAAAGCAGAUAAUGCCAGUGCUAUAAUGAAUAGGAUUAAGGUUGGAGAGUUCGACUUCUCCGGAACAGAAUGGGAGGCUGUAUCACAGCCCGCUAAAGCUCUAAUCCAAGGUUUACUUACCGUGGAGCCGAAGAAGAGACUGACAAUGGACAACUUAAGACAGAUUGAGUGGUUGAGAGGGAAUAACAGUGAAGUUUUUUCUGCAACGCCAUUGCGUACCCCAGGUGUUCUCUGUCAGAGUUUGGCUGUUCACCAGCAGCUCAGUGCAACCAUGGGUGCCUUCCAGAAAGCCACACGGGAGGGCUUCAGGCUGCAGGAAGUUCACAAGGCACCAUUAGCUCGGCGAAGGAAGGGCACAAGGAAAAACAGUUCUGGUGGCGAGCCCCGUAGUGGAUCAUCGGACAGUAAUAACUCCAGCAGCUCAUCAGGAACUACACAGUCUGAUACGGCAUCACAAUCAGACUCAACGCCACCAGAUUCCUUCCUAGCAGAUGGAGGCUUGGUCAAUAUUCCCGUCAGGAAUCUAUCUGAUGUUUCAAAUAGCUCAAAUACCUCACAGGGUUCAACCUUUAGUACAGGGUUUGUGCCCGUCAAAAAGGGACAGAUAACUCUAGCUGACGACUCUGGUCAGCUGACACAGGUACUUGGCAAUAGCCAGUCCAGCUCUAUACUGAUUCAUUCAUCUUCAACAGAAUCUGAUGAUGUGUCACAACUUUUCCAGACAUCACGCGGCACCAAGCGGAAGCACAGUAGUUUAGGAGAGAGUGGGUGUAGUAGUUGUGAUGACGUGGAGGAGGACGAAUGUGUCGUGAUGGUCCCUACAACAGAUGUACUCAGUGUCGCUCUAGACACUUGCUCAAAAGCCAGUCCUAUCAUUAUUGACGAUUAAUGCAUCAUUCUAAUUGACCUGUGUUUACCUGACAAAUUAUAUCUAAUUACUAUCUAAAGGUAUUUACCUGUGAUACCUUUUACCUACAAUAAGAUUCCUGUUGGUGUUUACCUGGUAGUGGUAAUCAGAUGUUCUUUAUCUUCUGGACUUACCAAGACCUAUAUGUAACCAACCUUAGCAGAAUUCUCCCCAUUUUUAUCGGUCUGGAAUUUCAAAAGUAUCCCUUGUUGUCUGAAGGUUCAGAACUGUCUGGCUGAUUCUCAUUUGAAAUUCCAGCAUUAUUGUGGUUGCCAGAAGAUCCACAGGAUUCUCACUACCUGAAAUUUCAGCACUGUUCUAGAUGAUUCUCACUACUAUAAGGUUGAACAGCCUGCCAGCAACCUUAAUUUCAGUGGUAGCCAUGUACAAAAUCUUUAUCAAUUUUUUCGGAUAACAUCUUUCAUACUUUUUGAGAUGUAUUUUGCCGUGCAAUUUACAGCAUUAGUCCUCGGGCCUAGUUAUUCCAUUUUGUGUGAUAUUUUUUCCCACUGAACUUUCAGUACACUCAUUGCAAUCAUUAAAUCUGUCUGUCACAGACACUUUUUUAAGUGGUCCCUGAAAGAUGUAAUUUUUCCCCAUUUGUCUAAGAAUCUUGUCUAAGGUCUAUGAUAUCUGAGGAGGUGUCUUUGUGUAGUAGUAUUUAAAUUUGUUCACCCAAGGUCAAGGUCAGGUAGAGGUUAAUGACAAUCUGACAAAUUCAGGGCAUAACUUAUAUUAAAUUGUAUGGGUGUAUGUGGAAUGAUAAUUUGGUGAACCACAUCUUGGACUAUAAGCUGAAAGGUCAAAGGUCAUUCAUUUGUCCAAGAUCUUGUCUGGGCCAGAACUCCUGAAUAAAGAAGGUAGGGCAGUGAUAAUUUGUGGGUAUAAAUGUAGGAUGGUCAGGUUCCGAGUCUCAUAACAUUUUCUGGUCAGGAAACCUAAGGUUAAGAUCACAUCAAAUCUAUAAGUCAAUGUCUAUGGAUAUAUGUAAGAUGGUAAGGUGGUGUGUUGGACACCAUUUUUGGAUCUGGGGUGUGUGUAAAGUGACCACCUGUUUUUGGGGACACCCUUUUGUGUUAUGAACAUUUACACAGGCUUUGAUCUAUGUCAAUUGAACCAUGUGUACAGUGUGCAUGCUUGUUGAUUCAGGGAGUAUAUAUAUAAUCUAUCAGUUUUCCUGAAUUUUUGUUUUUGUUUACUUAAAUGUUAUAAAAUAACUUUGUUUUAUAAAGAAAUUGUAUGUAAGGAUCAACUGGGCCCCUUUUAAUCUUUGUUUUAUUUGUAAACUAAGUAAAACAUUUUUUAACAUGUACUUUUUAAUUCUGUAAAGAUUUUUGCAAUUUUUAAACUUGCUUAGCCAUGUUCUAUUGUUAAAGUAUUUUUAUUAUUAUUCGAAAUUAGUUGGCUCCAGUAAAUCUCCAAUGUUGGAGGUCAAGAGAACGUGUGAACAAUAUGAUUAUUAUCAUCACUUUGAAAGGAAGUGGCAGCAUAUGAGGCCAGGUGUCAGACUGUGAAGGUGGUCGUGUUAAGGUCAGAGGGCAUUUUACUAUAUACACUAACGACAUGACCUUGAUUUAGAGAUGACUAUUUUUAGAUUUGAAUACCUACAUCCUGACAAGGCUUAUCAUGGGCUAUUAGGUUAGGUCUAGACUUCCUGACCAAUGAUCCAUCUUUACAAGGUUGAUGAUGAUGAUGAUGAUCAGUUUUACUUUCAUGCUGCAGUGCAGGUUUUUUCUUGAUCAGUGAUAUUGCAUGUAUGAUUCCCAGCCAAUCAGACUAGUCAACUCAUAUCGUCCUCCCUGAUCCAGAGCCAUACAUGUUAGGACAUAUUCCAAGGUUAUAAGGAAAAUACCUUUCUUACCUUGGAUUUGAAAUUGAUAUGUGUACAUGAAGAAACUCUGUGUAUCCAUUAUAGAUAUACAAUGAAAACUGCAGUGACUUUUAUAUUUUUACUUUCAGGUCACAUUACCAUACUCAAAUAAGCCCCCUUUCUCUAGUGUAAAAGUGUAGUACUGUAUUAAUCCUCAAAUAAGCCCCCUUUCUCUAGUGUAAAAGUGUAGUACUGUAUUAAUCCUCAAAUAAGCCCCCUUUCUCUAGUGUAAAAGUGUAGUACUGUAUUAAUCCUCAAAUAAGCCCCCUUUCUCUAGUGUAAAAGUGUAGUACUGUAUUUAUCCUUAGAUAAGCCCCCUUCCCUAGUAUAGAAGUUUAGUAUUCAAGUGUGGGGAGGGCUUAUUUGUGAACCACUGUUGUUAGUAUUUUUAGAAUUGAUGAUUCGGCCAAAAUGAAGGGGAUUAUUUGUGGGCAGGGUCCAGGGCGGGUCUAUUUGUAGAUAACUGCUCUAUAAUAUUUCAGAACAUAUUAUUUUUGAUUUUAGGAUGUAUCAGACACAACAAAAAUUCUGCCAUAUAGCUAUAGCUAAUGGUCUAACAUCCCCACGUGUUAUAGCUAUAGCUAAUAGUCUAACAUCCCCACGUGUUAUAGCUAUAGCUAAUGGUCUAAAAUCCCCACGUGUUAUAUAGCUAGCUAAUGGUCUAACAUCCCCAGGUGUUAUAUAGCUAUAGCUAAUGGUCCAACAUCCCCAGGUGUUAUAUAGCUAUAGCUAAUGGUCUAACAUCCCCAGGUGUUAUAUAGCUAUAGCUAAUGGUCUAACAUCCCCAGGUGUUAUAUAGCUAUAUAAUUGUCUAACAUCCCCAGGUGUUAUAUAGCUAUAGCUAAUUGUCUAACAUCCCCAGGUGUUAUAUAGCUAGCUAAUGGUCUAACAUCCCCAGGUGUUAUAUAGCUAUAGCUUAUGGUUUAACAUCCCCAGGUGUUAUAUAGCUAAUGGUCUAACAUCCCCAGGUGUUAUAUAUAGCUAGCUAUAUAUAUAUAACAUAUGCAAAUUAUUGGCUGCUAAUGUGCGGAGUGAGUGUGCUAACAACUCUGGUGAUGAAAGACAUUGUAAUUCAUAGUUUUAACAAUAUUAUUGGCUCACAUGGCACAAAGUGUCAGUGAGCUUACCAUGAUAUGGUGUAACAUCCGUCAUCUACAUAUGUAUCUGUGAACUUUCCACUUUAAACAGCUUCUUGUAAAAAAACUUUAAAAACACAGUUCCUGAUACUUUGUCAGUAAAUAUCUGGGAUUACUAUGGAAUUUCCUCAAAUAAAUAACUUUGACCCACACAAUGUUUUGCCAUUAGUGCAUAAAUAUCAGUGAGCGAUACGGGCCGACUGGGCCUCGUUUUUAAUGGUGUUGUCACGCUAGCAUAUUGUUAUAUUUGAUGUCUGUGAUGAUACGUACUCAAUGCAAUGUGAAUCUGAUUAAAGGGCACCUUCUUGUACUCCUAACUUAGUCAACUUUUAUGCACAUUUUAUAUACCUUACAACAUUUAAACUUAAUGAUAAAUUUAUUUUUUAUGUAAACUUGCAAGAUUUGUUGCCUAAUUCAACUUGAAAUAAUUUGUAAGUAAAUAUAUGUAUAUACAUGUAUAUCAUCCUUGUUGAUAUUGAAUGCCAGGUACAUAUGACACUGAAAUGCUUUUAGCUUAUAAUUUAAUAUUUUAGAAUUUUAAUCAGAGAUCUGUACUGUUUGAUAUAUGAACUUAAGGAACCCUUACCCAAACUAUGCACAUGAUACUGAAUACUGUUUUACAGCAUAAAGGGUGUUGGUCCUUAACGCUCGUAUAAGGAAUAAUACAAACCCCUGUCCUUAUAUAACACAUUUUUAAUAUUUCACUUAUAUGACAUUUAUAUCUUAUAACUGACAAGACUCGGUGACUAAGAUGUUCAAUGUGAGUGAAUAAUUUUGUCACUACUAGUUCUCAUUUCUGAUUGACUUCUCAAUUCAGGAAACUACUAGUCCUCUGACCUUCUGGAAUUCUUUAGUCUCGAUUUCUGAUUGACUUCCAGAAAUUAUUAGUCCUGUUUUGUGAUUAGCUCAAAAUAUUUUCAGAGCGUUAUUAAAAUUAGCCUUUAUAUUGAUAAAGAUUUAUUAGCUUAAUUUGAUCAGUCACGUCGUUCUAAAUGGUGUAAAUCCACAUUGUAGAGGGAGGUAACUCUCCCAUGUCGAUAGAAUUCUGGAUGAUUCUAGAUAAGCAUGUUGCACAUUCCUUAAAUGAUAAUACAUUUAGAGUGAAAGAGUAGUAUCACAUGUAUAUUAAAAUAAAGUGCUUUAAUAUAAUAAAAUGACCACAAAGGCCAUGACAAAAAUACUUAUUUCAAGUAACAUGCCAAGAAAUAAAUUGUUUGCCUUCGCUCUGAAUGAGAAGAGAACAUAUAGUUUAGCUGUUAAAUAAGUUCUUUUUUAUUAUCAAAAUUUAUUUUUAUAUGUAUAGUAAGAAGAGAAAAGAAAAGUGCUUUACGGGGGGGAAAUUGAAAAAUGAAAAUCGAUGUAGGCUUACAAAGUUUAGGGUGUGUUACAGGAAGAGGUUUUAUUUUUUACAUGGCCUUAGUAUGUGUGCAGUCUUAUAAAAAACAUCAUUUCUGUCCCGCUGUUUACACUGUUUUGGGUGGAAAAUGUUGUCGAAUGAGAUUAGUUUAUCUCAAAUAUUUUGUAAUGUUGAUUAUAUGGGGUAUGUCAGUGAUAAUGAAAUUAAAAAAUAUAUGUAAAAAGGUGAGAAA